AUGGCAGUCACCAAAACAGAACCCAUAAACGGCAGCACAACCAAAACAUCAGCACCACCAUCCUCAUCCUCCUCACCAUCAAUGUCUCUCAAAUCAGAUCUGCUGUCAACACUUUCACUCAGAUCACUCAAGCUCAAAACCAAACAACAAGAACUCCUGAUCCAGAGUUGGUAUCCUCUUGGACGUAUCAUUGGAGGAACCCUUUAUCCUGGAUUAAUGGUUACUGCAGCCAUUAUGUACUGGGGCCUCCGAUUUUUACGUUUUGCUGUUCAUAUCCGUGAAGUUUGUGUGUUGACAGCACCAUUUUUCGCGUCAAAUACUACCCUUGUUGCGUAUUUUUUUGGUAAAGAGAUAUGGGAUUCUGGUGCUGGGUUGGUUGCAGCUAUAUUGAUUGCGAUUUGUCCUGGUUAUAUAUCGCGAUCUGUUGCAGGGUCUUAUGAUAAUGAAGGGGUUGCGAUUUUCGCACUGUUGUUGACUUUUUAUAUGUUUGUUAAGGCAGUGAACACGGGAUCUUUAGCGUGGGGAUUGGCGUCGGCUUUUGGGUACUUUUACAUGGUUUCGGCUUGGGGAGGUUAUGUUUUUAUUAUUAAUUUGAUACCACUUUACGUGUUGGUGUUGUUGAUUACUGGGAGGUAUUCGAUGAGGUUGUAUGUUGCCUAUAAUUGUAUGUAUGUGUUGGGAAUGUUGCUUGCUAUGCAGAUUCGGUUUGUUGGGUUUCAACAUGUGCAGUCUGGUGAGCACAUGGCAGCUAUGGGUGUGUUCUUCUUGAUGCAGGUGUUUUACUUCUUAGGUUGGGUUAACCAUCUGCUAAAUGAUAAAAAGAAGUUUGAAGCUUUUUUGAGGAUUUCUGUGACCUGUGCAGUAGGGGUAGGCGCUAUUGCUCUAGGAGUUGGGACAGCAUCUGGUUAUAUUUCGCCAUGGACUGGCAGAUUUUACUCUCUAUUGGAUCCAACAUAUGCUAAGGAUCACAUUCCCAUUAUUGCAUCUGUCUCUGAGCAUCAGCCAACCGCUUGGUCGUCUUUCAUGUUUGAUUUCCAAAUCCUGCUUUUCCUUUUCCCUGCUGGUCUGUAUUUCUGCUUCAAGCGGCUGACAGAUGCCACAAUAUUCAUAGUUAUGUAUGGUCUUACAAGCAUGUAUUUUGCUGGUGUCAUGGUUCGGUUAAUUCUUGUUGCCACGCCUGCUGUAUGCCUAAUUAGUGCCAUUGCUGUUUCUGCCACUAUAAAGAAUUUGACUAUGUUGCUGAGAACUAAGAGCAAGGUUUCCCAAACUGGCUCUACUAAAGGAUCGGGCGGUGGAAAGGCUUCUUCUAAGGCUUUGCUUGAUCAGUCUCAGCCUUUUCAAAGAAAUGGCGCUAUUGCAUUGCUUUUCGGUGCAUUUUACUUGCUCAGUAGGUAUGCUAUACAUUGUACCUGGGUGACAUCAGAGGCCUACUCAUCUCCCUCCAUUGUCUUGGCUGCUAGGGGUGCCCAUGGUAACAGGGUCAUCUUUGAUGAUUACCGUGAGGCAUACUAUUGGCUUCGACAGAAUACUCCUCCAGAAGCCAAGGUGAUGUCAUGGUGGGAUUAUGGGUAUCAGAUUACUGCUAUGGGGAACAGAACAGUUAUUGUUGACAAUAAUACCUGGAACAAUACACACAUUGCCACUGUUGGCCGUGCAAUGUCAUCUUAUGAGGAUGAGGCAUAUGAGAUAAUGAGAUCUCUUGAUGUGAAUUACGUACUGGUUGUCUUUGGUGGUGUUACAGGUUAUUCUUCUGAUGAUAUCAACAAGUUUUUGUGGAUGGUGAGAAUUGGAGGUGGAGUAUUCCCUGUAAUUAAGGAACCUGACUAUCUUGUCAAUGGGGAGUAUCGUGUUGACAAAGGUGCAGCUCCCAAGAUGUUGAACUGUCUCAUGUACAAGCUAUCUUACUAUCGAUUUGGAGAGCUGGUAACAGAAUAUGGGAAACCUCCAGGCUUGGAGGACGCUGAAUCUAACCUGGGCUACUUUGACGUAGCUGCACACAGUCCUUUUGGUCGAACUUCACCACGAUCUGAAGGAAGUCCCAGCAUGGAGUUGCAAGGUAUCCUGCUUACCGGUUGCUGCUCCAAUCUUCUAGUGGCUAACAGGAGAUGUAAGCUCGCACCCAACUCCACCUCUUUCGCAUUCAGACGCAAGUCUUCAUCACCAAAAGCACAAACUAACCUCAAACUUGACCAUAUCCAACAAAGCUGCAACAACAGCGCCUCUACUGCUGGAGCACUUGCUCAAGAUUAUCCAUCUUUAUCUUCUCCUUCAUAUGGCUGUGAGGAUGUAAGCAGUUAUUAUGAUAGUGUGAGAGGUUUAAAAGGCAAAGCACUGAAAAAGAAACUGCAUUCUGUUAUCUCCAAGCAUCACUCACUGUCUUACAAAGAGGUUUGGGAUGCCCUCAAGUUUCUUGAUGCUGCAAAUGUUGAUAGGCCUCAAGCUUCAUCUAGGAUAAUUGAAAUUUAUUCACUGAGAGCUGUGUCAAAGAACUUAGCAGGAAAACCUAACGGAUGGAACAGGGAACAUUUGUGGCCUCGUUCUUAUGGGCUAAAUGGUGGUCCAUCCUUGACUGAUUUACAUAAUAUUCGCCCAGCAGAUGUGAAUGUAAAUUCAUCUCGGGGAAACAAAUACUAUGGGGAAUGCCGUGAGAAAUCAAUCCAAUGUCUAAAGCCAGCAAACAAAGAAGCUUCUCCUGACACGGAAACGGACAAGGAGAGAUGGGCACCACCUACACAGGUUCGAGGGGACAUAGCAAGAGCAAUAAUGUACAUGGCUGUAUGUUAUGGGCUCCAACAACCAGGCGGACUAAAUCUUCACCUUUCUGAUUCUCCAAGCUUUGAACACAGGGAGAUGGGACUGCUUUCUACAUUGUUAAAAUGGAAUGAAGUUGAUCCACCUUCAAGAGAAGAGAAGUUGAGAAAUGACAGAGUCUGCAAGUUUUAUCAGCACAAUAGAAAUCCUUUCGUCGAUCAUCCCGAGUAUGCCAGUCUUAUAUGGAAACCAGUUACUCCAAGCCACCAAAGUUUCCAUUUUCCUGCCCGGAAGGAAUUAAUGAAGUGA